AUGAAGAUAAGCCGGGAUCUUGAUGCGAAUAAAGAGCAUACUCAUAACAUAGGCCAAAACGACCGAAGAUAUCCCUGCAGUGGCAUACGAGACUUUCACACUCUUGGCUCGGUUUCGAUCCAGGGCCAAGUCCAUCAGCACAAUGCCGAUCCCGCCCAGCACGAACAUGAACCCGGACGACAGACCCUCGAUUAUGUACUGCCCGUUGACCCGGCCCUGGAGGAAGACGACGGGUCGGACCGAACCCGUGAGGCGGUCCUGGGUAGAUCCGAUGCCCGGAGGCUCGACAAUGACAUCGUAGACGAUUCCGGAGACGACCAUGAAGUAGGUGAGGAGAACGAGGGCGUAGACGGUCAUGGGGGAAGGGAGGGUGAGGGAUGGGAGCUUGAGUCGGAGUCGGGGCGGGCGGAGGAAGCUGUAAGGGAGGAUCCGAACGAAGAGGAAAAGCGGGUCGAUGGAGGCGGAGGAUGGGUCGUAGGGGGUGGUGGUUGUGGCGGUGGUUGGGGGCUGGGUUUCUGA